AUGAAAAGUACAAAUUCAAUGAACGAGGCCUGUAACCCCUACGAUGAGGAAGGCCUUCGUUCCAGUUUUGAAGGUACUGAUGAAGAAAUACACACUUUAAAGGACAUAAGCUUGGUUUGUGGUGAAGUAGAAGAAAUAGAGAUGAUAGUUGGUAACACUUUUAGUUACUCAAUCUUCACCAAUUCAUCACUAGUGCAGAAUUUUCUUAAAGUAGCUCCAGACGUGGAAGAUGUAUUCGCUUAUUGCAUGUGGCGCGGGCAAUAUGUGGAUUGUCGAAAUAUAUUUAAAGUUGCUGUAACAUUAGAAGGAGUGUGCUAUAAUUUCAACGCACUAGCGGCUAGUGAAAUGUUUACUGACAGGUAUCAAUCUACGGAGUUCCUCUCAUACUCUUAUAAGUAUCAGAUCAAUGAAAUUAACUCCAGAAUGCAAAAGGAUUACCCAAUCCUGAAUACUACAGAAAUCAGUAGGAAUUGGACGGUCACAGAAGGAUAUACUAAUACUGAUGAACACCCAUAUCCAAGACGAGGAAGGGAAAAUGGACCGUCUCCGGAUUUAGUGGUAGGAUUGAAGGAAGAUAAGAGGUUUAGCGGAAGUGCAUGUAACAGCAUGAGAAACGGUUUCAAGAUAUUCGUGCAAACCCCUGAAGACUUACCACAGAGUUCGCAUUAUUAUUACGCAGCUUUGCAAAAGCAAGUUUCAUCGGUUGCAGUCAAAUUUAACAUGUUAAACACAUCUGAAACAUUACGAGGAUACGACCCAGAGGUGAGACAGUGCUAUUUUCCAGAGGACUACAAGCUUGACUAUUUUAAAGUGUACACUCCGAGCAAUUGUCGUUUGGAAUGUCAAUCCAAGUACACGUUUAAAAAGUGUGGAUGUGUAUGGUUCAAUAUGCCCCAUCGUAAAGGCACACCAAUUUGCACAGGAAGAUUGGGGUCAUGUGUUAGUGAGGCUCAAGAUGAAUUGGCAAUGGGGGCAUUGGAAGCCGAUCUCGGGCUUCCCGAUAAUGGUAAAGCCUGUCGCUGUCUUCCAUCUUGCUAUAGUAUCCAAUACGAUGCUGAAAUAUUAAAGACUAGUUUUGACGUGCAAAACUACUUUAAACAUUUAGAGGUUAUAAUGAAUGACUCCUUUCCAUGGAUAAACGAUUAUGAACAUUCAAGAAUUGAAAUGUACUUCAAAGAACCAAGAUUUGUGUCGAUGCGGCGUUCAGAAUUGUUUGGAUUAACAGAUUUCUUGGCCAAUGUUGGUGGUCUACUUGGUCUUUUCCUGGGUUUCUCUUUACUAAGUCUUGUGGAAAUUGUCUACUUUGUCACUUUGCGAUUGUGCUGCAUUCUUAAACGUGAUUUAAGACAAGAAAAACUAAAUAGUGAGAUCAAAGAUGAAAAACUUUCUUAA